UUGGACUUCCUCUCUCCAUCCCUCUGUCGACAACCCAUCGCGAUCCUCGCCCAUCGCCCAUCAUGUCGCUCGUGACCGGCGAGAAGACGAACUUCCAGUUCAUCUUGCGUCUGCUCAACACCAAUGUUGACGGCAAGCAGAAGAUCAUGUACGCGCUGACCCAGAUCAAGGGUGUCGGUCGCCGCUACUCCAACCUGGUCUGCAAGAAGGCCGAUGUCGACCUCACCAAGCGUGCUGGUGAGCUCACCACCGAAGAGCUCGAGCGCAUCGUGACCAUCCUCCAGACCCCUACCCAGUACAAGAUCCCCUCGUGGUUCCUCAACAGACAGCGCGACAUCACCGAUGGCAAGGACACCCAGGUUGUCUCCAACGGUCUCGACUCUAAGCUCCGUGAGGAUCUCGAGCGCCUCAAGAAGAUCCGCUCCCACCGUGGUCUGCGUCACUACUGGGGCCUCCGUGUCCGUGGUCAACACACCAAGACCACUGGCCGCCGCGGUCGCACCGUCGGUGUCAGCAAGAAGAAGGGCUAAAUUAUUCUGUUCGUUUUUUUUUGCCGGGGGUUCUUGGAGGGAUUCCGUUAUUUCCGGUGUGUUUCUAUGGGCACUCGUGGGACCUUUUCCCCGCUGUUAAAAAUUAAAAAUGAACCAUAUCAAUGAAAUGAUCCGAUCUCUUCG